AUGGUGGAUAAAACAAACAAUGAAUUCACAGAUUUUGACAAAUACAGUAGUGCAAUUGCACAUUAUACACAAAAAACUGUUUCUAGGAUAAUUAAAGAAUGGUACUUAUAUACUUUAAAACGAAAGAUAUUAUUAGAGUUGGAAUCCUAUGUGGGGAAUGAAAAAAGAAGAAAAACAAAGUUAAGAAUAUUAAGAGAUUGGUUUGAAAUCUCAAUGAAAGAAAGGUUGAAUUCUGUUAAACAAGAGUAUAUAAUUAAAAAAAAAAAUGAACAAAUAUUAAGGUAUUCUUUAACUUAUUGGUAUAAAGAUCAUUAUUUAAAAAGAAGGCAUGAAUAUAAAAUAUCUUGUUAUAUCAAGAAAAUCUAUUUAACUCACUUAUUACAAGAUACAUUUCGAUUAUGGUAUAUUGAGUUCCUUAAUCAUACGAAAUCUCAAAAAUUUCUAAAAGAAAGAAUCCAAAGAAAAAUCUUUUUACUAUGGUAUUAUGAAUAUAUUCAAAUGAUUAUUAUCAAAAAUAAAAUGGAAAAUAACAAAAAAAGAAGAUUAAUAUUCGGAUAUCUAAAUUAUGUCAAGUGGAAAAAAAACAAUAGAGAACUUAUGGCCAAAAAAUUCAAAUUUAUAGAAAAUAUGAGAUUAAGUAAAAUAUUUAAUAAUUGGCUAAUAUUAUUGCAAUACUCUAUGAAUAAAAGAUAUACCAUAUUACAGUGGCAAAUUGCUCUCAUUAACAAUAAAAUGCUACAAUUAUUACAAGGAUGGAGAACUGUAGUAUUUAUUAAAAAACAAGAAAGAGACAAAUUUCUUCUUGUAAAAAGAAGAAAUGAAACUAACAUUCAACUCAUAGUAUUUAAUUUAUGGUAUGUAUUAGCUCAAGAAAGCUAUAGAGAGAAAACUAUGUUAAUUAUAUCAGGAUUAUCAGCUAGACGUCAUUUAUUAUUCAACGCAUUUUCUUCUCUUAAAAAAUACUUAAUAUAUAGAAGAAAUUCCAAAAUAUUAAAAGAUAAAUCUGCUUUAUAUUUGGUUAAUUAUGUAUUAACAGUAUUUAAAAGGAAUAGUAGUAGUUAUGCUCAACAUAAAAUUAAGUUACAAAAUGCUCAAAAUAUAUUUGAAAAAAAUCUAACUAAAAUUCAUUGGGAAAAAUGGUUAAAAUAUAUAAAUAUUCAUAAAAUAACCCAAUUUAAGCAAAAAACCAUCAAUCUUAAAUAUAAAACCAGAAUUUUAAAAACAACUUACCAAAUUUGGAAUUACGUCUGGUUUAAAACCUUAACUAAUAAAAUGAUUAUUGAUUGUAUAAGAGUCAAAAUAGCAAUGAAUAUUAAAAAAAAAGUAUUCUAUUUUAUGAUAUAUACCUUCAAAAUAAGAAAGUCACAAUUUUGGAAGAUAUUUCAUUUAUUAAUACUCAACAAAUUAGCCCAAGGAUUUGAAAAAUUACGUGCUAAUAUGUUAUAUUAUAAUAAUCAAGAAAUGAUUGAAAAUCAUCUUGGAGAUCAAAUUAGACUAACUAUUAUAAUCAAAUACUGGAGAAUUCUAACUUUUCAAAAUAAAUAUAUUCAUCAUUUUCUCUCCAAAAUGAUAGUAAUUCGAUUUUUACAAAAUAUGAGAGAUUAUUCACAAUUCUUAAGAAAACAACAAUUUAUUGUUAACAAAAUCAAUAUUACAAUGGAAUCUAAAAUAUUUGCUAUUUGGAGAAUUAUAUCCAGAAAAAGAAAAAACUUGAAAAAUAUAUUCAACAAUACUACAAUCGAAAUUAUUUCCAAAAAAAUAACUAUAUAUUCCUAUUUUAAAAAAUGGUAUUUCCAAUAUAAUCACAAAAAAAAAAUAUUGGAAUUUAUAACAUCUAAGCAAAAUCAAUUAAUUAGACAAUUAUUUUUCAAAUGGAAAGAUCAUUUUUUUAAAAAAAUAAAUAUAAAAACAAAAUUUCAAAAGUUAUACAAAAAAUAUAAUAAUCAAUUAUUACAUCAAUUCUUUCAAAUAUGGAUAAUUAAAUAUCAACAAAAAUAUCAAAAUCGCAAAAUACUUAAUGAAUAUUUGAAAAUUCAAGUUAGUAGACAAACUUUCAAAACAUGGAUCCAAAUGAAACAAAUAUCAAAUGAAAGAAAAAACAUAAGAAAACUAUUCAAUCAUUUAUUCAAAAAAUUACAAAUAUUUACUAUUUCAAAGGCAUGGAUAAAAAUAAAAGAAAAUUAUAUUAUUGAAAAAUCUUUAGAAAAAAUUUCAAAUAAAUAUUCUAAUCAUAUCAAAAGUAAAAGGUUAAAAUUAAUAUAUGAUCAUUGGAGAUUUGUUUCAUUUCAAAUUAAAAAAAUAAGAAAUCAAGAAAAUAUAUCCAAAAAUUAUUACCAAAAUAUAUUAAUGAGUAAAGUAUUUCAAAUAUGGAGAAAAUCUUUAGAAAAUGAAUUAUUUAAACAAAAAAUCAUAUAUAAUCAAUUAAAAAGUAAAAAUGAUAUCAAUUUUAUUAUUAAACUCAAAAUGAUCAUUCAUUUAUGGAGGAAAAUGGUAUCCAAAAAAAUUGAAUUUAAAGAAAAACAAAGAAAAAUUGAAAUUAUCAUAAAAAGAAGAAAUUUUUAUAUUAUGAUUAAGUCAUUUAAUCAAAUCAAUUAUUAUAAAAAAAAAAUCUUAGAUUCUAUAAAUUAUGAAUUUAUUAAUUCAUUUAUAUUUAAAUUACAGUAUAAUAGAGUCAUAGAGAUGGAAAAACAGGUAACUAUAACUUUAGAUAUAUCACUGGAAAUAUAUAUGAAUUAUUCCAAAUUAAAAAGAAAAAUGGAAUUAUGGUUAAAGUCUAUGAUGUAUAGAAUUGAACAAAAGAAAAUAUUAAUCAAAGAGAUGAAAAUUAUGGAAAUGAAAAUUCAAUAUUUUAAAUUAAGAAUAUCAUUUAAUCAAUUAUAUAAAUGGAAAUGUGAAAUGAAUUUAAAAGAGGAGAAAAUUAAAAGAAAAAUAAAUAUAUCAUUAUAUAAAAAUGUAAUCAUUGAAUUACAAAAUAAAUCAAAAGAAAGAAAAUUUACAAUACAAAUAUCAGAUUUAUUAUAUCGUAAUUAUAUGAUGAAAAGAAUAUUACAAGCAUUAAAUUUCUGGAAAAUUAAAAGUAAAUAUCAAAAAAAUUCUCAAAAUAAAGAAAAUUUACUUAGAAAUUAUGUAAAUAAGAGAAUAUUAACAAAAAUAUUAAUUAUUUGGAGAAAAGAAAGUAAUGAUUAUAUUAAUUACUAUAAAUUAAUCAAAAAUAUAGAAAUACCAAUUAAAAAAAGAGUAAUGAUUAUUUUAAAAGGUAAUUAUAUUUUAAGUAAAAUAUUUGACAAUAAUAAAAGAAUUUAUUUUGAAAAAUGGAAACUUUUAACUCAAAGAAAAAAUUUACUUAAAAAAAGAUGCCAAGAAUUUACUUUGAAUUAUAUUUCAAAAAGACUAAUAAAAAGAGUAAUUAGAGAAUGGAGGAAUAAAUAUUAUCAAAAACUUGCUAUAUAUCAAUUUUAUCAUCAAGUAAUAGUUAAAAAACCAAUAGAAAGAAUUAUAUAUUAUUGGUAUAAUCAAACAAUUGAAAGAGUAAAUAAACAGAGAGAAUUAAAAAAAACUAUUCAACAUAGAGAAAAGUUUUAUUAUUUUAAAAGUAUGAUUAUGAUAUAUAAAAUGAAUAGAAUAUAUUAUUAUAUAAAUAAAAGAAUAUUAAUUCGAAUAUUUCAUAUUUGGAGAAAGUUAUAUUUUUCAGAAAAAUACAGUAAAAUAAAGAUAUUAAAACAAUGUAUAAAGUAUUGGAAAGAAUAUUCUGAGAAAAGAAUAAUAUAUAGAGAGAAAAAGAAUCAAUUUAUUCAUAAGAGAUCUCAAAAGUUAUUAGAAGAAUACUAUAGUAAAAUGGUAUCCAUAUAUAUAAAAAGAAUAGAAUUUAAAGAAAAAUGUGGAUAUAUAAUGUUAAAAAAAGUAGAAAAAGAGAAAAAAAGAAUAUUUAAUAUAUGGAUUUUUAGAUUUAGAGAAAAACAAGAGAUGAAAGAAAAAUAUGAGAAUUUGAUAUUCAUACAUAAUAAGUUUAUAUUAAAAAUAACAAUGAGAUUUUGGAGAGAGAGGGUAUUAAAAGAAGAAAGAUAUAGAAUAAUAAUAGAGAAUCAAAGAUUAAAGAGAGAAAUUCAAAUAAAAAGUCAAAUUUUUUAUAUUUGGAAAAGUAUUUGGAAACCUUAUCAUUAUGUAAAUGUAUGUAAAGAACUAUUCAAAAUACUGAAUAAGAUAAUAUUACAUAAUGCAUUUCAUAAAUUAUUAAUUAUAUCUUUUUAUUCUUUUACAUAUAAUAAGGAUAAUGGUGAUAAGAAUAAUAUGAAUAAUAUGGAUAAUAUGAAUAAUAUGAAUAAUAUGAAUAAUAUGAAUAAUAUGAAUAUUCAUAAUAAUAGUAUUCAUAAUAAUAUUCAUAUUCAUAUUAAUAAUAAUAAUAAUAAUAAUAAUAAUAAUAAUAAUAACAUAAUACAAGAAAAGACAGAAAGAAGAAUUACAUAUAGUUAUUAUAUGGAUUGUAGAUGUAGUGAGAAUGAUUUAAAGAGAUUAAUAUUAUUAAUAAAAUAUAAUAAAAAAGUGGAUAAUAUAAUGAAUAUAUUAAGUAAAAUAGAGCAAGUAAGAAACAGAGCAAUAAUUGAGAUGUUAAUGAGAAUGAAAUAUUAUGUAAGUAUAAGAGAAAGAUAUGAAAAUGGUAUGAAAGAAUUUGAAAUUAAGUUAAGGAAGAUAAUAUUAUCUAGAGUAUGGAUUAUAAUGAUAGAUAAUAUAAAAAGAAUAUAUAUGAUUAGAAGAAUAAUAGAUAUGAUAAAAAAUAAGAAUAAAAUAAGGAUUGAAAGAGAAAUGUUAGUAAGAUGGGUUAAUAAAUACAAUAAGAGUUAUAGGAAUAGAUGUAUAAUAGAAUAUAUGGGAAUUAGAUAUGGUAAUACAAUAAAGACAAAAUGUUAUUUAAUAUGGUCAAUAAAAUAUGAAAUAAUUAAAAAGAAGAAAAUAAUAAAAGAAAAGAGUGGGAGAUUUUUAAGAUUAUAUAUAUUUGAAUAUACAAUAAAAAGGAUGAAUGAGUAUUAUUUAUAUAAAAAAUGGUUAAUUUGGUGUAAGAAAGCAUAUGAUACAAUAGAAUGGGUUCAUGACUUUAGAUUGAAAUCAUCUUUAUUUAUAAAUUGGAGAAGAUAUUCAAAAAGACAGAAGAAUUUAAGAGAUGGUUUAUAUAGAUUAUAUAGUAAAGUAAAGAGAAGGAUAAUAAGAGAUAUUAUGGUAGAAUGGGGGAUUAAAACAAAGAAUAUAUUAAUAAUGAGAAAAAAUGCAGAUAAAUAUUACUUGGAAAUAAUUAUUUAUAAAAGAAGAUUUAAAGAAUGUUUUAUUAUUUGGAAAGAAUAUACAUUAAAAUUAAGAAAUCAAAGAAUAAGAAUAAUUGGUUAUAUGGAGAAUAAGAGUAGAAAUUUAAAGAUAACAUGUUUUAAACUUUGGAGAUUUUAUAUAUAUUAUAGAAAGACAAGAAAAUCAAGAUUUGAGAAGAUUACAAAUAUAAUAAGAGUAAAUCAUUUGAAUAUGAUAAUUUAUAGAAUAUUUUAUUCAUGGAAAUUAAAGAUGAUUGAGUCAAAAUCUUUAAAGAAUUCAAUUUUUUCAUUUUGGAAUUCUGGUAAUGUUUGGGAAACAAGGAAAGGGAUUAAUAGAGGAGAAGUUGAAUUAGAAAUAGAGGGAGGUGAAAAGGAGGAGGGAAGUAAUAUAAAUAGUGAGAAUGGUUUAAUUAUUUCUUCUCCAUCUUUUUCUGCUUCUGAAUAUUCAAUGGAAUUUUCCAUGUCUUCAUUAUCUAAAUUUAAAGAAGAGAGAAUGAGGAAAAAAGAAAUUAAAGACGAAAAGAAGAGUGAUUUGGGUUUUAUGAAUAUAUUUUCAUCAAGUGGUAAUUCUUCAGAAGCUUCUCAAAAUGUAAAUAAAAGGGUAAAUUCUAUAGAGGUAUCAGAGUUGGAUAAAAAAUUGACAUUAAGUAAAGGUGAUGAGGAACCAAAUAACGAGAAAUCAUCUGCUCGUGAAUACGUGAAUAGACUGCUUGAAUCCUCUUUUUCAUCUUUGUCUUCAAUCCCAUCCUUUGCUCCAGCUUCGGUUCAGCAUUCUGUUCAACAUUCUGUUCAGACUCCUACCCGAUCAAAGGAUCUGGCAUUAGAGUUUCAAUAUACUAUACCAGAGGUAAAAUCCUCUGCCUCAAAUGUAGAGGAUAUGCCGGGACUAUCAGCCUUUUCUCCAUUUUCUUCAUCUUCUGUAUCCUCUUCCUCAGUAUCUCAUUCAUAUUCAGAUGGAGACCUAGAGAUUGAUGAACUUCAUUCUGAAACUGCAAUAAGGACAAAUAAAAUUGGUCAUAAUCAAGACCAGAUCCAGGAUGAUGAUUUGAGGUCUCUUCCUUCUCCAACUCCAAGUCCUCCUCCACCUCAGUACUACUAUUCAAGUUAUAAAUCCCCAGUUUUAAACAAUGAUUUAAACACAAGAAACCGGUCUAAAUUAUCAGAAAAACUACCUCUCCCAUUUCCACUCCCUGUUCAACAACCUCAAAUACAAGAAACCCAAAACUUAAGAAAGGUAAAUCAGAAUUUAACUCCAUCUUCUUCUUCUUCUUCUUCUUCUUUAUCUCCCCCCAUAUCUUAUUCCAAUAUGAAUGGAAAAACCAAUUUUCUAAUAUCUAGUACCGAUGCAAACCAAAGAAUUGAAGAUCUUCCUCAAGACCCUUACUAUAUCUCGAACUCUAGCCCUUACCAAAAUUACUCAUCAAUGCCAACCCUUCAACCAUCUAAUCAAUUAAGCCCCACUCGCACAGUUUAUAAAAACCCAGCUCACACUCGUAACGAUAUAUUCGCUUCUUCUCUUUCUUCCUCAUCACUAUCCUCUUAA